CAGCUGCAAGCGUUUUACGAGCCGCGUGAUUGGAUCCUUGAGAUGUCACCGAACCGAAAAUUCUUCAGAUUGCGUCAUGACAUUGAGAACGAGGACGCGCUGAUGCGGCGAUUUGGACAGACCGCCAUUGGAGGAACAGAUGAGCUGGAAACAGUCAUUCUGGAGGAGGCUGCUGCGAACAUUUCGCUGGAUGCACCUGGUGGGCUGAAGGGGUCAUUGUCUGUGAACGUGAAGGCGACGCUUGAUGUGAUGGUUGUGUCCAUGGUGCAGCAAUUAGAUCUCAUGGACCAGAUUGCCACCACACGACUUGAUGCAAUCGACAACCGCAUCGCGGAUAUCGAGACCCGCCUUUCAAAAUGCGAAGGCGCAUUUGCGCGAGGCAUGGUCCGGUUACAGACCUGAUCAAACGUACACACACACACACAUGCACAACGCCACGGUUAUGUUUCGUGCCGUUCCCUGCUUGUGCUCACCGCUGCAACACCUCCGUUGGCUAUCUCUUCCCUUUGUCUCAUCUCCUCCUCAUCUUCGUCCCCCUCACUUCCUACAAUGUGUGGUGUUGCUGGCCAGUUACAGCAGCAACGACAGUAAAUGCACACGUCAUA